CAUGGAGUUGAAUUGGAGCAGCAGUUGAGGCUGCUAGAGGGAAAAUCAGCAUCAGGCAGCUGCAGGAGGAAGGCAGCAACACGACCGACCGAGGCAGACAUGGACUUGCAUUGUGAUUGCAAUGAUACUCCGGCAUCCGAGCAGCCAUCCGGCAAAAUAAACAAGACGGCGUUUAAAUUAUUCGGGAAGAGAAAAUCGGGGAGCACCAUCCCUAGCAUUUUUGGCGUGAAAAACAAAGGGGAUGGGAAAGGCUCGGCUAAAAUGGGGCUCGUCAGGAGCAAAACCCACGAUGGAAUCGCUGACAUGGGACUGGAGGCAGGCAACACAGAAGGGUCUUUGAGUAAUUACCACCUGGAGACCGAUUCGGGUCUGAAAAUCGUAAGCAGCGUGAGCUUUGCCUCUGGUGGUUGCGGAACUGUUGCCAAAUCUCACAGCUUUUUCUCCCUUCUGAGGAAGAACAGUAAAUUAGAAAAUGGCAAGAGGGAGGCUAACUCCGAGCAGGUAAGAGACAAGAGUUGCAACAGACAAAAGAAGGGGCUCAAAGGACUGUUCAGCAGCAUGCGGUGGCACAAAAAGGAGAAAGUGACUAAAGAGGAAAAAGCAGAGUUCCUGGAAAUCCAUGGCACCCUUCUGUUGCCUGGAUCUCUGACGGCCAGCUUGGAAUGUGUUAAAGAAGAAAUGCAGAAAUCUAGCUCUGAACCUCAAAUCGCCACCUCGGAAUCGCAAGAGAAAUCUUUCGUCCCCUGCGAAAUGCGCAGUGGUGGUAAGAGUGUCUCCCAGGCAGAACCUGGACAAGCGGAUUGCGGGAAAUCCCAUCCCGAAUUAUGUGGCAAUGAGGACGGCGAGAGGGAUGCCAAGGAUGGCCACGCUUCGGGGCAGACUGAAGAGUCUGGCACAGCAUCGGAAGUGGAGCAGGUAAAUUGGGAUGAGGCCUUAAAUGGCAAGAGGCAGGACCCACCAGAGGAGAAGGUAUCCCCUGCUGAACCUGACCCCAGCAAUGCAUCCCAAAGUGCUGAGCCCAGCGGCCCUGGCAACGAGCCACCAGCCGAGCAAUCGAUCGAUCGCAUUUGUUUAAUGUUCUCGGAUGUCACGUCUCUGAAGAGCUUUGACUCGCUCACAGGUUGCGGGGACAUUAUUGCCGACCAGGACGACGAGGGAAAUGGCUGUGAACGAGGGGCCGUCGGGGAGAAGGGAAAGAGCGUUGCAAGAAAGAACUCCAAUGUCCUGACCUAUCAAGGCGGUGGGGAGGAGAUGGCAAGUCCAGAGGAGGUGGACGACGAGUAUCUGCAGGAAUUCUGGGAAACACCACCUCCUACUGCUGAGCCACUAAAGGAAAAGCAGCAACAGAUUGGAUCUGAUCAACCAGCAUGGUUGCCUCCUAAAGACACAGUCUGCUUUGCGGAGGGAGCCAACAGUACGUUACCCAAACUGCUCGCACUGAAUGAGAUUUCUGUGAGCAAGAGUGACAAUGAUGAUUUGAGCAGCACAAAGAAUGAUCAGCAAGAAGGUGUCCCGAAUAGUGAUGAGGGGUAUUGGGACUCCACCACCCCUGGUCCUGAUGAUGAGAGUGGGAAGACUCUGGUUACCAGGAAUAGCAUUCCCCGAGACAGUUACAGUGGGGAUGCUCUGUAUGAUCUUUUUGCAGAUCCAGACGAGAGCCUGACAGGUAUUGUCUCUGAUGAAGAGAUGUCCUCUUUGUCGGAGCCCAAAGCACUGCCUCCCAAAACUCUCCUGCCUGUGUUCAAUGCCUCUGUGGUCCCCAAGGACAGGAAUGUGUCUGCCAUCCCCAAGCAGAAGGGCUCGCUGACUGUGUGCCAGGAGAAUUCAAACAAUACUCCCUUGCCUCACAAGCCUCAACAGUUGGUGGGCUGUGAGCCAACAAGAACCAAAAUCCCUGUUGCCAAGACCUCAAUUCCUCGACCCACGAACAAAGCCACCACUGGAGCCAAUGUAAGAAGUUCGAUAGCCUAUGGAAGAUCAAGGAAAUAG